GCGCGCGCACCUGCUCGAGAGCAGCAGCAGUGUCCGCGAGGUGAGGACUGAACGCGCUCCUGAGCAGGGAUUUAAUGUACAAUGAGUGAAAUGUGUGUCGGAUUACGAACUAUGAGGAGCUUUUGUCUCUUGCUCCUGAUGUCUGCCCUCCACACCUGCUCGCUCACAGUGCAGCAUGAGGAGGACUAUGAGGAUGUCACUGUGAACCAGAUGCUGGCUCCCAAAUCUCAGGAGAGCGACGCCACGGAAAUACUCAACAACCUGCUGAAGGAAUAUGAUAAGAAACUGAGACCGGAUAUAGGAGUUAAACCAAUUGUUAUAGAUGUGGGCAUAUUUGUGAACAGCAUUGGACCCGUGUCUUCAAUCAAUAUGGAAUACCAAAUUGACAUCAUCUUCGCCCAGACGUGGACGGACAGCCGCCUCAGCUACAACAGCACCAUGAAGAAAUUGACUCUGAACAGCAACAUGGUUGGAAUGAUUUGGCUUCCUGACACCAUCUUCAGAAACUCCAAGACUGCAGACUCCCACUGGAUCACAAUGCCCAACCAGCUGCUCCGGAUAUGGAACGACGGGAAGAUACUCUACACCUUGAGGCUGACGAUAAACGCAGAGUGUCAGCUGCAGCUUCACAACUUCCCGAUGGACGAGCACUCCUGUCCGCUCGUCUUCUCCAGCUAUGGAUACCCUCGAGAUGAAAUUAUCUACAAGUGGAGGAAGAACUCUGUGGAGGCGACGGACCAGAAGUCCUGGCGGCUCUACCAGUUUGACUUCAUGGGCCUGAGGAACACCACGGACAUAAUACAGACGACAGCAGGUGACUACGUGCUGAUGACCGUUUACUUUGACCUGAGCAGAAGGAUGGGAUACUUCACCAUCCAGACCUACAUCCCCUGCAUCCUCACCGUGGUCCUGUCCUGGGUCUCCUUCUGGAUCAAGAAGGACGCCACUCCGGCCAGAACCGCUUUAGGAAUAACCACGGUGCUGACGAUGACCACCCUCAGCAGCAUGGCCAGGGUGUCCCUCCCCAGAGUUUCCUACAUCACCGCCAUGGACCUCUUCGUCACCGUCUGCUUCCUGUUCGUCUUCGCCGCGCUGAUGGAGUAUGCGACGCUGAAUUACUAUUCGAACAGCGUUAAGAAACCACGCUGCAGGGAACCUAGAAGAACAAACUACUCGGUGCUGGAUGUGAGACCGCCACACACCGUCAUCGCGUUAAACAACUCCCUGUACUGGCAGGAGUUCGAGGACGCUUGUGUCUACGAGUGUCUGGACGGGAAAGACUGCCAGAGCUUCUUCUGCUGCCUGGAGGAGUGUAAAGAAGGAGGGUGGAGGAGAGGACGCAUCCACAUAGAUCUACUCGAACUGGACGCAUACUCACGUGUCUUUUUUCCCACCUCCUUCUUGCUGUUCAACAUCGUUUACUGGGUUGGCUAUCUCUACCUUUAGCCCACAGCGGGGUCACAACACAAGGAGUUCAACGCAGGAGAUUCAAGGUUAAUAAAAAGGUAACAUCAAAUAAGUGCUACCUGAAGCAGCUACCUGGAGAUAAAAGAUAACGUGUGCGUCUUCAGGCCAGAGCCUCGCAGUGAUUUCUGACUUCAGGUGCGAUAAUACAGCACAUUACUGAAUCCAUUCAAUAUGCAGAACACAGACGGAGAACAGGAUGGACUGUGCGAAUGUGAAGAAAAAUAAGCUACUCCAAACUUCUCAAUCAGGAUGAUGACUCGUCUUGUAGGGAACGUUAUUAUCCAGCCAUCAGUCAAACCCAGUUGAUGAAAAUCCAAGGACGUUCAGACCAUUCGUAGUGCCUUCCUCCGGAGGGGUAGAUACUAUCUGCUACAAUAAUCAGGGAGUAAUGAUUUAUAAUAAAAAAAUAGAAGAGCCUGGCUUUGACUGAUUAUGGCUGUCCUCAUUCAGAGUACAUUUAUAAAACAGCCGUUUGUAUAAGAACCACAUCUCUUCAUACUGACUCAUUCCUCCUCACUAUCAGAGCCCCAUACACUAUAACAAAUACAUUGGUUCCCAGGGAAGAGAGCCAUUAAGAUAACACUUACAGCAGGAAGAAACAUGAAACGUGUUUUAUUGGCAUCAUUCUUAUGUUAGAGGAUAGGAGGUUAUUUUAUCAAUGAGUUAAAUGAGUCAAAAAACUCUCCAUGUUGUCCUUUGUUGCCUUUCUUCAUGAGGAAAUUGAUACAAACUCUCAUGUCUCUAUGCUUAACAUCAAGCUAGUCAGCAGCCUGUAGCUUAGCUAACGCAAAGACUGAAAACAGGCUAACAGCUAGCCCGGGUCUGUCUGAAGGAAACACAUUUGCAUUACAAUGUUCCCCUGGAUUUAUAUGAAGGGGUUUAUGUUUUUAUGAACCCCACAGCUUCCGGUCUUCCAAGACCCGAGCGGGCAAAAAGACGUGGUGCAGGCACGAAACUACCAAUAUAAAAACAUUGCUUUUAAAAUCGUUCUGUGUGACACGAAAAAAAGGGGCAAAUCGUGUUGGUGAACACGAAUCAAUAGAUUAAAUGUCGUGACUAUAACACGAAAUGCCGUGAGACUGGGUUGGAUAUGUGUGUGAUCCAAACAGCUCUCUGAAGAUUAUAGGCUAUAAAGUGUUAGCUUUGGACAGAGCCAGGCUUACUGUUGGCCCGUUUCCCCUAUUUAUGCUAAUAUAAGCUAACUGACUCCUAGCAAUAGCUCCAUAUUCUGCAAGAGUGGUAUCAAUUAUCUCAUGAUUGUCAGCAAAAAGUGAGCAAGCUAUUUUCCCAAAAUAUUAUACUAUUCCUUAAAAUAAUUGUAUUCUAAUGAGUGGUUUUGUUGAUGGAUUUUAGCUGUAAAUUGGCCUGUAUUUCUUCGCAUUAUGCUGAGGAGGUUUCGAAGGUUGUACAAAUAACAAGGCAGUUUCUCAUGAAAACUGCUUUCUCACAGAUCAGAGCCCUCUGAGAUUAAGCUCCCAGGAAACAAAGACAGCCACACGAUAAUCCAGGAGUUACUUUCUAGAUGUUACACAUAUUCUCACCAUGUAUUAGUUGUUGCUUAGCAGCUUCUUCUCACCAGAGCUCUUAACACACUUAAGAUAAAGAGAAAGGUAAAUCUUUGUGUUUUUCUUUCAGUUAAACUCACAACGACCUCUUCACCUAUCACUGGUUGUUAAUGGGAUGGCCAAAUUAAAAGUAAUACGUCUCAUUUGUACAUUACUGCAGGCACAAAUAUAAUAAUCUCACUCAUCAGUCUUUUAUUUGCAUGCAAUAUAGAGUAAAACAUCAAGAUAAUACGUUCUGGGAUAUAAUUAUAGUUUUAAUAACAACUGUUUGUAUUAUCAUCUGAUUUCCUUGUGUUUAGACGUGGCAUUAGUUACCGUUGAAUUGCCUUAGUGUAGCCCGCCCAGACCUGAGAUUAAAUACAUAUUUACCUCUGAUUAUAACCUCUGCUUUGCCUUGGGCAGUGGAACUUUUUAUACCCCCUUUUUUUUGUUGCUGUUUUUCUUUAUAUUAUCUUUGCUAUGUAUGUGCCAAAUAUUUUACAAAUGUGCCCAGUUUUUUGAGUUCAGCCAAGUUUGAAUAUAGAAUACAUAGUGUGAAUAUAUAGUAUAGUCGGGAGGUAAAUCCUUAAAGGGAGACACUUCAGCAGAAGCCGAUACCAUGAUAUUUCAGUAGGUAAUUACUUACAUAAGGACAAUUAUUGUGUAGUAUUACAAGUUUUCUGAAAUGUCAUGUUUAAAUAUGCAAAUGAGACAUUUAAAAACUAUAUAUUUAUGUGCUAACUUGCAUAAAUUUCCAGAACACAAAUAUGAAUAUUGGAUAAAGCCAGGUUCAACAUUAUUGUUUCAUUUUCUUGCCAUAUUACAGUCAAUGUUUUUUCUGUUUAUCUCUUUGAAUCACUGUGUAAAUCAGAAAACUGAAUUCCUCCAUGUUUUUAGUAAUAAUAUUAAAACAAUCUUUGAAUGAGUUUUAAAAUCUGAGAAAAGGAAGAGAAAAAAACUAGUAUGGAGAAAUGGAUUUCAAAAAUGUGUUCUGUAAAAUGUUAUACACACUGAAAUGUAACUAAAUGACAUUUCCCAAGUUCAUUACUUUUAUGUUUAAAUGUGAAAACGAGACAUUAUCUAAUGCUAUCUUUUGGUGAACAUAGUAGAAAUCAGACACAAAUAAUCAAAGUCAGUUAAGUAAACUACCAAAUGUGGAUUAUGGAUGUUUUCUAGGCCAAAAAUAAUGGUUUGCCUGAAGUGUCUCGCUUUAAAGAGUAAUAUAUAUGAAGCUGGCUUUUGAGAAUUUAGCCAGGGUUGACGCUGUAUUGAUGCUGUUGUUUUUCAGCACUGGUGUAAAGUCCUGCCUACUGUGCCUGCAGACAAACCUGUUCAUCACGUCUCCUAAAAAACACUGAGCAGCUCUUCUGAAUGUCUUUUCAGUUAUUUUCUUUGGCAAUGUAUUCAAUUUUAUAAGUAAUCGUACUUUGUAACAACAACAAAAAUCCUGUGUGGCAUGUUUUUGGCUACAACGUAAAAAAAAGAUUGUUUUACAUCCAAUUAUGAUCAUUGUUGAUUGAUUAAUUACUCUGUGGAGCCCAGAUGUUAUGCUGACAGAUGAAGGGCGAUGCAAUAAAGUUAUUCUGAGUGGUGCUAUACUUUACAAUAACUAGUGUACCAUGUUAGGAUUGAAGCUCGAAGAACACACUCUUUUUCGGGACAUGUUACCUUCAUAGGACUGAGAGAGGGAAGGUAUGUGACAGAGAUCCCAAUUAACAAUACUUUCAAAAGGCCCUGACUGUUCAAAUCUGUCAAAUAAACUCCUUCUUUCAGUCUGUAUCAUCACGCAAUAGUGUCUGAAUAUACACAGCAAAUUCUUAUAUCAUUGUAGUAAUACUUUUCUUCAGUAAAGGCUUUACAUACCGGGGGCAUGGCAAAUAAACAACAUCAUCACUUUUCCAAAAGGCAGUGAUGCAACACAUGUUCAAUAACGACCAACAACUAUCCCAGAGCAGCGUCUGUCAGUGAAUUGUCUAAAUUACUGAAAGCUAAUUUAUUCGGUGAAUUUGAGUUUUCCUCUUGUUAACAGUUGCAGCAUUUAUGUCGAGGGCUUAAAGGCUUUUAUUGUGUAAGGUAAGAGAGGAAGGAAAGGAUCUGGUAUGCGGAAUCUUUGUCAAGGUUGAUACAAAUAUGUGUACUAUUUAUUUUAUGAUGUCGUACCAAGUCUACCACAAUAGUUAGAUCAUUUUGAUGUGCCUUCAUUUAGUAAUUUUUUGUAUUGCAACCCGGAUACAAAUCGUUUAAAAGCUUCUGAUUUACGUGUUUUUGUUCUAGUUGUUUGAUCAUUUCCAACCUGGUAAGAUCAUUUAGCAUUUCCCAUGUUGCAAUACUGCUCUCGACUAUGUAGUCUCUAUUUUGUUGGACAAUAAAGCGUUCUCUUGUUUUUUUCGCUGUGUAAUAUUUGCGUUUUGUGAAAGUACUUGAGACAAAAAGAAUAUUUCCAUUAAAUAUUUGUAGUCGCCCCCCCCAGUGUGUAAAGCCUUUAAAACUGAAAUGUAUAAAGUCAAGAGUUAUUCUGGCUCCAGCUAGUCCUUAAAUGUUCAUUAUAUCACAUUUUGUGUAACAUCUUAAUUUACACCAUGAAAGUAAAGGGAUUUACAUUAGACAAAAAAUAAUUUGUUGGUUAUGGUAUCAUGGUUAAAAUAUGAACUGUACUGUGUAUUGGAGUUGGUGUGCAGGUGUUGAUUUCGACUUACAGGGUUAACACAGAACAUUCACAAAUCCCCAUGAUGCUUUAAUUACCAGAACAACAUGAACUCAAGGUGCCUUUAAACUGACAGAUUUUCAUUUGCAGUCCUCACCGCUCCCUUCUCUGCAUCAUAUUUACUGUUGUUUUGGCACCUAUGUUUUUUCAAAUGGACAGCCCACAUUUUCCAGUAUUAUCUCUGCAGACUCUGGGAAAGCAAAAGGGAGUAAACACUGGGAGGGAUUUAUGAUUUGAUCUCAGGCCAGUAUGGGCAUGUGGGUCUCCAGACUGGCAUCUGAGGGACGGACAUUUAGACAUGAAACUGAUCUGUUCUAUGUAAAUCCCUUGCAAGGAAAGUUGUGCACUUUUGUGAGUAUUAAUGUGGUUUUGGUGACAUAAAGUACAAUAAACCCAGUGCAAACACUGCAUUGAUUCUAAGCCACAUUCAGUGUUGUGAUGAAUAAGCCAAAGACAUUUCUGUUUCAGAUUCAUCUCUAAUAGAUUGAAUCAUGUUGGAGGAAAUUGUUGUGUGUUGGGUAACGGCUCCAUGUAUUCAGUGCAGUACUGUGAAGUGUGAUUUGAAUGGAAACUAUAAACGUAACAAAUAAUAAGCCUAGAAGUGCUCUAAAAUGGUUUAUGUCUUUUGCCAAGUCAUCCACUCAAGUAUAGAGUGGUGCAGUCAUGAUGUAUUAUAGUAGGAACUACAGUAUGGUCACAUGACUUCACGUCUAUCGCUUAGCUAAAGGCGGCUAAUGUUGGGCUAUAAAGUAACUACAACACGGUCACAUGACUUCACGUCACCACCGCUAAGCCAAAAUCGGCUAA